AUGUCCAGUUUGCGCAGUGAGGGUGGGGGUCGACAUGGUUGCCCAUAUAACACUGCAUCAUGGAAAUAUUUUCAAGAUAUCCUUUCUACGCGGAAGAGGAAAUCCCGAAAAGGUGGGUCCAAUUCAACACUAUCGUUGUUGAGGAGGGAACUGCGAGAAGGAAAUCUGCAGUCCCUUUUUGGAGGGUCUUCCUAUGUAGUUCCUUCAACCAAUGUGGCAGCUGACCCAUUAUUGUCAUCAUUUAUUUUGCCUAUGUCUGAUGAUUUUGUGAGUGCCCAAUCUCAGUCUUCAGCUGAUGCAAUCUCUGUGAAGAAAAGCAUGAAUGAGUCUAUUUCAGAAAGAUACUGCAGAAAGAAGCAACUUCACAGACCCACCUUAACAAUCAUAAAUGCUCAUAAUGAUGCCGCCUGUUGUACCUUGUGAGUCUGACAUAUUUACAUGCUGUUAUAUGUUAAUUUGAAACUACGAACUCUUUUUAUUGAAUUCACACUUUUAAGAGCUAAAACUGACGAAUUUAAGCUCAAGAUUGCUCGAAUACAAGAAUUGCAUUUCUCGGUUAGAGGUGGGACAUGAUAUUAGGCUAAAUCUUUCAUUUAGAAGGAAAUUUUUUCUAUUUGUACAUAAUUGGAUCAUCGAUGUGUGUUUUUUCAAUCAAUUUUACUUGCACUU